CUUACUUCACUCUUCACAACCUACUCCCACCUUCUCUCCUUCACCUUUCCUUUCACGCGCCAUCCUAACAGCAUAACUCCAAAUCGCGUGCUUCACACUUAUUUCGUACACGCGUGAAACUCUCCAACUUUCACCUCUUAGUUUAUACGUACAAAACGCCGAUUAUAAGCAUAAAAAGCAACACUAUUUUUAUUUGCCUUUAAUUGUAUAUCCUACGGUGUUCUACAUUCUUCGGCGAUCAAAAUUUCCGGCGACGGAGCAAAUAUGAAGAUUUUUGUAAAAACUCUUAAAGGCUCUCACUUUGAAAUCGAAGUCAAACCUGAAGACACAGUUGCCGAUGUGAAGAAAAACAUAGAAACAGUUCAGGGCUCAGAUGUUUAUCCUGCUGGCCAGCAGAUGCUUAUCCACCAGGGAAAGGUCCUUAAAGAUGGGACGACACUGGAAGAAAACAAAGUUGCUGAAAACAACUUUAUAGUAAUCAUGUUAACGAAGAGUAAGAGCUCACCUGGAGAAGGUUCAGCAACGUCAGCUGCGCCAACAGCUAAGGUACCGCAGUCAAGUACCCCAGCACCUAGUUCAACUCCUGCAUCAACAACUGCUCAAGUCCCAGUUGCCUCGCCUGCCCCAACUCCCGCUCCUGCCCCUUCUGCUGUUCCUGCUCUUGCUCCUGCUGCUGCUCCUGCAUCAACUGCUGUGCCAGGAUCCGAUGUCUAUGGCCAAGCAGCUUCAAGCUUGGUCGCUGGUAACAACCUUGAUGGAGCCAUUCAGCAGAUUCUUGACAUGGGUGGUGGAAUGUGGGAUAGGGACACAGUUGUUCGAGCUCUACGGGCAGCUUUUAACAAUCCCGAGAGAGCUGUUGAAUACUUGUACUCUGGUAUUCCCGAGACAGCAGAGGUUCCUCCAGUUGGUGGAAGUCCACCNUUUAACCCAUUGUUCACACAGGGUCUUCCCAGCUUGGGAUCUAAUACUGGUGGUGCGAACACCUUAGACUUUCUAAGGAACAGUCAGCAGUUCCAAGCUUUACGAGCAAUGGUUCAGGCCAACCCUCAAAUUUUGCAGCCCAUGCUUCAGGAGCUAGGGAAGCAGAAUCCUCAGCUAAUGAGGCUUAUACAGGAGCACCAGGCUGAUUUCCUUCGUCUUAUCAAUGAACCUGUUGAGGGAGGAGGAGAAGGCAACAUACUGGGCCAGCUUGCAGCAGCAAUGCCACAGGCUAUACAAGUAACACCCGAAGAGCGUGAAGCCAUAGAACGUCUUGAGCAAAUGGGCUUCGAUCAUGACCUUGUACUAGAAGUUUUCUUUGCCUGCAAUAAAAAUGAGGAGCUUGCUGCUAAUUACCUCUUAGAUCACAUCCACGAGUUUGAGGAGUGAUAUGGAGCUUGGAUGGGUCUGUUGUGUAGCUUCCCUUGCCUCCCUUUCUUGGCCCAUGGCACACAUAAGUUCCAUAUCCAUGUGGGUUCUAUACUAUUCGAGUGCUGGAGAGGUGUGAACUAGAAAAGCAUAACCAAGUUAUCCUGUUUUUACUGUUCGUCUCCCAGUCUGUUUGGACCCCAUUAGAAUUGUCUUUAUACAUAGUUUGUCAACCCCCUACCCCCUCCCACAAAUUAUUUCCUUCUUGUCGUUAGACUGUUUCACCCAGAGAUAACCUUUAAAUGUGGUCGGUCGGAAGCUAUUGGUAUUUACAUGCAUUUCCAUUUCAAUCUUACGGUUUUCUGGUUUUUGUUGA